AAUGCAUUAGUGUGAAGUGGGACACAAAGGGCAUUUCCAAAGACCAGCUGAAAAGCUCUUCAAAACGUGACACUUCCAUUCUUCCACAAACAGGUUAAAAAAGGGACUCUCCCUAUUGCAAGACUCGUCAAAACCCACACCACAGCUACGUAGUACGUUGUUUUGUUCUCAAUUUCUGAGGUGUUGUAAAUUGUACCCUUUGGUGUCAUUUUCCUCAAUCUCUCUAUCUGGUGCAAGUGAUACCACUCUCUCUCUGUCUCUGUUCGUUGAUCACACGAAAAACCCGUUUUUUGGCUCCAUGGAAGGAGAAGACCAAGAGAAGGAAAAUCGAGGGUAUGUUCGUGGGGAAGGAGAAGGGUUAGAGGGCAAUGGAGGAGGUGUUAACUGCAAUGAGAUUCGUUCUUUCACGUGCGAUAUCUGCAACAAAGGUUUCAGUUCAGGUAAAGCUCUUGGUGGGCACAUGAGAAUCCACAACCUCUCGAGAAAACGUGUUCAUGGGGAGAAGCAAAGCACCGGUGAUGCUGCAAAAUCCAAGGCAGCGAAAUGGGGGAUGGUGGAUGGCAACCCCACAUGUUCCGUUUGUGGAAAGGUCUUUUCUUCCAGGAAGUCCUUGUUUGGGCACAUGAGGUCUCACACUGAGAAGGCGAAGAGGGGAAUUCAGAGCAACGCUUUGAUCGUUGGUGCGUCCUCCAAUUCCACUUCUUCCUCAACGCUUUCUGAUGAUUUGGCUGCUGAUCUCUCUGGGGUUCUCAGGAGUUGGUCUGUGACGGCCAAGAGGGGCCGCAAAAGCUCUUCUUGCAGCAAAUCAGAUUCUGGUUUGGAAGAAGGUGAUGAUGAGAUUGAUCCACGUAUGGAAGAGGCUGCGUGUGAGCUCUUGUUGCUGGCCAGAGGGAGACCGAAGUGCGUGGAAGAUCAGAUUCAAGAACAUCCAUUCAACAAGAGGAAGGGGUGUGAAGAGGCGCUGUUACAACCAAUUUUGGGGAAUUCUGAUGACGUGAAGAUCAAGAAGAGAAAUAGAAAGAAGCUGAAAUUAACAGAAUUAGCAUCAACUGGGGAAGGGAAGAACAAGUUCUCUAUAUGCAGAAAAUGCAAUACAACUUUCCCAUGUCACCAAUCUUUGAAAGAUCAUCUAUGCAGCCUUGAAAAUUCCAAGAACAUUCAGUCUCGGUCAGAUGGUGUAUCAGCCACAAAAGAGGACAUACAAGGGGAGAAAACAGGAGCAGGAACUGUGGAAGGCACGAGAGGGUAUGAGUGUGGAGUUUUGAACAAGACUUUCUCAACUGGUCAAGCCAUUGGGGACCACAAAAGAUCUGAUUGGACCAGCAUGGCCCAGGCAACAACUUAUUCAAACAUGGAAAUUGCUGAGAAUUGUUCCAAGGUUCUGAGUUUUGAUCUCAAUCAGAUUCCUGCUGUGGAUGGGGAAGAGGGUGUUCAAUCAGAUUUGUUUAUUCCUGCCAACAUUAUGACAUCAUCCAGUUAUGAUUCCUGUUGCUAAAAAUACCUCUGUCACUGAUCAGUGAAUAAGAAUUUGAUUUUUGACCAUAAUAGGGUAUGCAUUGUAUUAGCAAAGAUAGGUACUCUUCCCAGCAAGUUAUGCACUGUUAACAAUUGGUUGUCUUUAGUAUUAGCUUCCUCUGGUGAGACACCACGGGGAACUAUCUUAGCUGUUUCCUAUGGUUUUGGUAGGGUCAUCAACUCUUGUUUUUUCUGUAUUUUCUUUCUUCAUGUGAUGCAUGCUGUGUACUGCAACCCUAUAACUUGCUGCGAAAAGGAAGGAUCCCAAAGGGCAUUGUGGGGAUUUCAUUGUUUUACCCUUUUUCUGCUUAAAUGCAAUUGGA